AUGCAGCGUGGUCGUAAGCUUAUUACCAUUUUAAUCAAAGACCGACCUGUCCAAGUGAGUAUCGAUAGAGUAAAGGCAGCUUACUUGUUGAGUGAAGAAACCGAACCAAACAUGCAGUUCUCACGAUCUACUUCAUUUCAAUCAAGUCCAGGUGCACAACCGGCACAAAGACCUCAGCAGGAGCUCAACUCUAGUCACAGCACAUUCAGCGGCAGAGGUGCAGUAUUUACACUUAUUGGUACCUUAUUAACUAAUGAUUUAGAUUUUAGUUUAGAUUUUUCAAUUAGUUUAGAUUUGAAUGUACCUGUCUCUUCACGAGAUAUCCUUAUCGGAAACUCAGAAAAGUUAUUACAGAAAUUUGGAUAUCCUUACGAGUUGAUGCCACUGAUGUAUGUGAUAGUGCGAUAUGCUAAAGCAGAUAUGGAAGAGGCUUCUAGAAGUAUUGAUGAAGGUCAAUAUGUGGUAAAUGAGUAUUCGCGUCAACAUAAUUUAAAUAUGUACGACGGGGGUGAGCUACGCACUACAACUCGGCAAUGCGGAUGAUAAUUUUAAAUGAAAAAUUUACAAAACAACUAGAAAUAAAUCAGUCGAUUUAAAAA